UAGGAUAGGCGGAGCACAGCUCAGGGAGCCGGAAGUGCAGUGUCGCAACCCGGAAGGGGAGAUCUACGACGCGCUAUAGUGUUGAUAUUUUCCCGACUGGUGUUGCUGCUUCUCCAGCUAAGACAGCCGUCGGGGAAAAGAUGGUGUGCGAGAAAUGUGAAAAAAAACUCGGCACUGUUAUCACACCAGAUACAUGGAAAGAUGGUGCAAGGAAUACCACAGAAAGUGGUGGAAGAAAACUGAAUGAAAACAAAGUAUUAACUUCAAAAAAAGCAAGAUUUGAUCCAUAUGGGAAGAAUAAAUUUUCCACAUGCAGAAUUUGUAAAAGUUCUGUACACCAACCAGGCUCUCAUUACUGCCAGGGCUGUGCCUACAAAAAGGGCAUCUGUGCAAUGUGUGGAACAAAGGUCUUGGACACCAAAAACUACAAGCAAACAUCAGUCUAGCUGUGUUGAUGAAGCUUCUGGCUCUCUGUGUAUUUUAAUUUUCUUCUUUGAACUUUCAGAAAUAGGAUAGGUGUAUUAGGUUACAAAGUAACUGGCUUUAAGGCAAUUAGGUUUAAACCAGCAAAACUGAUUGGUAUUCAUUAUUUUUUCUCUUAAGUUCUGAACAGGAGCAAUGUGUUAAUCUUCUGCCUUAAGUUCUUUUUUCCUUAGAAGUAUUAAACUGGGAAAUGUGGCAAAUUUAACAACAACAAAAAAUUUUUUUUUCUCAGUUCUGUAUGCACUUUUGAUGUACUGUAGUUACUUGUAUAAUUUUUAUAUCAUUUUACUUUAUAGAUAUUGUAAAAGUGAAGAGACUUAUUUUGCUCAGUUCUUGGUAUCUAGAUUUAUAGUUCUUCCCUGUUCCCUUGUUAGAGUCAGCAAUUCCUUAAUUCAUUGCAGUUUUACAGUAUUUAUAUGUUUGAGACCAUUUUACUGAGCGAUUCCUUAGUAACUAGUUGAAAUCAAGCACAAGCUGGAUUUAUGAUUCUUUUCAGUUUGUUGAAGUCAAAAUACCAGUAUCUUCAUGUUGGUAUUGACAGCAAGAAAUGCAAGGAACAUCCCGGUACACACAUAUGUAUAUACAUCUGAACAAUCUGUUUAGAAGAACACAUAUCACACAUAAUACCUCGACUCCAAACUGUCAAGAGAAAUGUUUGUGUGUGAUGAUGUGUUUUCUUUCAGAAAACUCUGAAGCAAAAAACCCAAAUUUUAACUCCUAUGUCCCUCUCCAAAUAAAUAACAGAACAAAGCAAACAUUUGACCAUAUAUAUAAUCAUAGAUUGCUAAAAGACUAUUUUGAACAAAGAUAUUUCUUAUACUGCCUUUAGAGAUUCAAGAGUACUAAUUUUAAAGUUUCUAGGGUACUAUAAAAGACUAAGAAGUAUUCCUUAUGGCCAAGUUCAUUAUAUUUAAGUGCAUAUCCCUGUAAAAUGUAUAGCACAGAUAAUAGGAUGGUAUAUUUAGUAUAGAUACUGCUUUUUUUUUUUUUUUGGAGGUUAUUGUGAGAGUUAGGAGCUAGCUUGUCCAGUAGAGCAUUUACCUCACCAUGUGUGAGGACUUGGGUUCCAACUCGAGCACCACAUAGAAGCAACAUGGGAGGAACUUGGAAGUUCCAUCAACAGGUAGAGCUGUGCUAUUUCUCUUUACUCCCCCACCUCCAAAAUAAUUAUUUAUAAAUAAUGAUUGUGUCACGAAGUGUCUCAGAAAUUUAAAGUUUUAACUUUGUCAUUAGUAAGACUUUGUGUUUUUCUAGGUUAUAUAUAUGUUCCAGAAAGAUCAUACAGGUAAUGCAAAAUACACUAAUUAACAAUAGAUCCAAGGGCAGAAAGUGCUUCCUCAUACUUGAAUCAAUUUGGAAUUUUUCAUUAAAAACAACACAAGGAACCAGUAAUAGGAUCUUGAUAGUCAGAGGCCUCAGUCCAUUAAAAAUUGACUUGGUCAGCUUUAUGGAGAUACAUUUCUCAGAUAUCAACUGAUUUCUAGAUUUCUACAACUAACAUUUCAUAUUCAUGCUGUGAGCAUUCUCCUCUGGUGAAUGACCUAGUUGCCAGUUUCAGGAGCUUCUGUGAUUUUUUUUGUUAAUAUUAAACCUUAAAACGGAAUAUAUGUUGGCCCAACCUCCCUUUGGAGAAUGGGGCAGUCCCUACCAAUGUUUACCCACAUCGAGGGCAAGGUCCUGUAGAGGCCCACAAGAGGGUCCACUAUGUUGAUCCUGAUGGAGAUGACCAGUGACAGUGAAGAGAAGGAUCUGUUAGAGAUCUAGGUCCAACAUGUCUAUGAGGGAAUCCCAGGGUUCCCUGACUAGGGCCCUGGGAAGAAUCAUCAUUAAAUUUUGUCAGUCUCUUGCCCUUAUCCAGCUUUUGUUGUCUUUACUUUGUCCAACAAGGUUAGCCUUAUAGUGAUUGAAGGAAGUGAAAUAGGAAGUAGGUGAGGAGGGUAUCUAGGUCUAAAUAGAAAUUAUUUGAUUAAGUACUUUAUGGUGUCUUUUUUAGGUCUUUCUACUUGCUUGCUGUGCUUAUUGAGUCACUGCAAACUGUUGUGCACUUUUGUUUUAAGAUAUAUAUUUUCCCUUAAUUCAUGGAUUCAUGUGCACAUGUGUUCUAUCUCCUGGGUCCUGGUCUAUAUCUAGGUGCUAAGGCUUUGUCUUAAUGUGCAUGACCUGAAAUGGAAUUAAGGAGUAGUAUGAGCUAGGAAAGGUCUCACCAGAGUAUUGGAGCUGAAGGAAUGGCAUCCCACGCCUGGCAUCUCUGGACACAGUCCAAGUGAAACAUGUUGAGAUGGUACUGACUGUGUUGAUUAAGUUGGGAUCAGUGGAUUCGUAUCAAUUGGUAUGGAUCGAGAGCAACAUGCUGGAAAAUGAGCCCCACCCCAAAGGUUCCAAGAUUGGGAGAAAUAUGGAUUUUAUAGAUAAUGGGGAAGGAUCCUGCUGUCUUAGAGUUUAAGAAGGCAAUAAGUAGUUAUUAUUAUCUGGUUAUUUGGAAAUGUGGUUGACUUUGAAAAUACCAUUGUUCUGAGAGUAUGGAUCGACCUGUCAAUGCCCAGGUUCAGUGGGGAAGCAGUUACAGAAGCCAGACCUCCCACCUUCUGCAUCCCACAAUGACCUUAGGAUUCUUUAACUCCCAGAGGGUUAAAGAACAGGAAAGCUAUUGGGAGGGGGUGGGAUACGGAGAUCUGGUGAUGGGAAUUGUGUGGAGUUGUACCCCUCUUAUCCUAUGGUUUUGUCAAUGUUUCCUUUUUAUAAAUUAAUAAAAAUUAAAAAAAAGAAA